CCAAAGCCGUGGGCGAUCCUCGAUUCCUAGUGUUGUGCGAUUUACACAAAAAGCCCCAAACCGAUGUAGGUGAGGACUGGGAAUACUACUCCUAUCAUUAUUAGACGAACCUUCGUUUUUCUCGAUCAAGUAUAUAAAUCGGCAACGCACUCUCUUUCUCUUUCUCAAAAAAAAUUGUCUUUUUUGCAUCUGCGCGUGAAUUUUGGUAUGCCUCCCGAGCUCCAUCACCGCUCAUCCGGUGGUACUCCACCACAAUCACAGCCACCGCCACCAAAGGCGAAGCAAAAGUUCCUGUCUUUAAUAUUGAAGGCUAUAAUCAUGACCUUUAUUACCUCCGUGUUCUUCCUGCUUCUGGGUUUGGCUGCUCUUCUUCUUUUCAACAUCCUCCUCGUCACUGCUGUCCUCCGCCACCGCGGCCGCCACGUCCACCAUGUUCGACAAGACAAUCCAUCAGAUGGGUUCUCUUCAAAACACCUCAAGAAGCUUCCCCAAUUCAAGUUUUCGAAUGGACGAGAUUGCGAAUGUGUGGUUUGUUUGGAUGGAAUUAGACAAGGGCAAUGGUGCAGGAGACUUGUGAAUUGCGGUCACGUCUUCCAUAGGAAGUGUGUGGAUGCGUGGCUGCUGAAGGCCGCUACAUGUCCAAUCUGUAGGACUCGGGUUCAAUUGGAUAGCGAAGGAGGAGAAGAAAGUAGCCAAUGGACUUUUGGUGGGAGCAAUUUGAGAGUAUGUUAGAUUUUGUAAGUUUUCUUCUUCAAGCUUUGGUAAGUUUUUAUGUAUUAUAUUUAAUAUAGAUUCCCUCUUGUUUCCCCUUCCCUUUUGGGAAGAAAUAAUUUUGAUUCUCAAUUGUGAAGUCUAGCAAAUAUUCUCCUUUUUCAGUCUUUGAUGAUAUAAUUUCGCACUCCCCUAGCUGAUUCCAACUAAUUUUUCUGAUGGAUUCAUGUCGCAACCCCAAAUUGUUUGGGAUGGUUUGACGAUGAUGAUGUGAUUGUUGAGUAAAUUGUGAACUGCAAGUUUCUUAUUGUUACGUUUAACUGAAAUGAGAAGUAUAAACAACAGG